AUGUACGUGUCAACGGAAUACUUCAUCCCGUCCAAUACCUUUAUCGGAAUAUCACGCGCCAUCGAUGACAAGGUGCAUAUGAUGGAGACCAUUGCCCGUUCACUCACAUAUUCCCUGCUCCAACCCAGCAGCCAAACGGUGACGGACCUCACUGGAGUCGCGCAACCGUUCAUCCUGGUUCGAUGGGCCUGGAUUACCCUACCCGGUCUAGUUGUGCUCACGAGGAUCCUCUUUCUUUCCCUGGUCAUGCUGUGCACGAAACGACACAAUAAUGUCGAAGUAUGGAAGCCCUCCUCGCUAGCGUUGUUGUACCACGGAUUAACUACCAAAGCCUGUUGAGGACAAGGGUCGUUUCACUCGGCUGAGUGACAUGAGGCACUAUGCGAUGCGGCGAAUGUCAGGGUGAAAUUGGCGCCUUCUCGAGGCGAUACCUGGGAGCUACAGGAAGGUGGAGAUGCGGUUGAUACGUGAUUAGCGAAUGCGAGAACACUUUCACCAAAGUGUUCUUUCCAUCCCCGUUUCAAAGCCUAUAUAUAUCUCUCUCUAUGCCCUCUUAGCUCCCCUUAGUACGUCAACGCCGUUUAACCCCGCCGCCCAGGACAUCUAUCACGCACUCUACGUUCUUUCUGUGCACACAACCAAGCCAGUUAAUGGAAUCUGCUACCGACAGCGGAUAAGCAAAUGGAAAAGAGACUCAUUCAUUACCCAACACAGCUACCCAGCGAUAAGUGGAUUAUGUUCCUUCUAGCCCGGAUCGAUUGCUGCUAUAGUUAGCAGUUCCAUUAUCAGAACGGGGACCUUCAAUCGCUAGGUGAGGUGAGGUUAUUGCAAUCCGGUAUCUAGGAUCCAUUCUCGUGGGCGAUAGAUAUGUUCAUCCAUCUUCGACACUGAAAGCACUCCCACCACCACAUCCAGACAGGCAUUAUCAUCAGCAAUCAGCAAAAUCACCAACGCCAAUAAACCGGGACUCACAAACCCCUUCCGCUCAGCCCAGAGAUUUGAGCCCAAUUUCCCCAACCAACUCGAAAGUUGAACGCUUAGAUAAAAUGCAUGAGGAAAUUAUUGUUCGCGUGCAAACGAAACGAAACGCCCAUACCUGUAGCCAUACACUCCCCGCACGCCAUCAAUCCAUCCAUCGUACCCUGUAUUAUUUCCCCAGAUAUAUUAUUGAAUACUGUGUCCAAUACACAGAAAAGCAAAAAGUAAUAAUACAUAGGGCUAUGAAUAAGAGUUUGUUGCAGGGCCUACAUAAGUAUGAUAGCUAACAACUGCCCCUGAGCAACAAGGAGACUGGCCGGCAGGACCAUGAAUUUCACAUUUUGUCUUGUUUGGUCUGGUUCUGUACAUUUCUUGAUGUGAGUCCCACCUAGACUGACCGUGUGACUGUGUCUGGGACCAGGACCAGAAUAUUUGAUGAUCUCAUUACCAAUUUGAUUGAUCUCAUUACACAGUUUUAAGAUUAAAUAGUAGUCUCAUACUAUCUCAGUGAGACUUACUGUCUACUCUUAUCACAUUUUUCAAAUGAGAUCAUGAUUUUCACUUCUCAAUUUAAAUUAUUUUUAUUACUUUAAAUAACUUUAAAUCUCAUUUGAGUAUUAUCAAAAAGUGUUACUUUUUUAAAAAUUAAAAAUAAUCUAAAAAAAACCUUAAA